AUGAAACCAAAAACGAUUGCCUUCGCGUUUUUGCUAGUGGUUACAAUUUCUUUAGUACAAGGACUUCCCAGGAGUCACAGAUUUAAGCCUGUUGUGAAUCUUAAUCCAGAAAAGGUGACGACAACACAGAAGCCUAUUGAAGUACGAAAAAGCACUCUUUUCCCCAAGAACACGAAAAAAAAAACACCCAAUGAAGACGUAAUACAACCAAUUAGUUCACCCACUACAGAAAAAACUGCAAGAACUUUAUCACCAGUACAGAAAGAUACAAUAACUAAAAGUUAUUCCUUAAAAGGUAAUAAAGAUGAAAUAAAUGAAACCGCGCCAGAAAUUGUGUUCAUACCAGUAAAUAUAAGUGAACUUAAAUCACACCCAGAUUUAAUAGCAGAAGAGGUUAAAAAUGUCGUCAGUGAUAUUUCAAACCAUGCCUCACAAGUAACUCAAAGUACUACGAAAGAAAUAAUAACUGAAAGUUAUUCCCUAAAAGGUAACAAAGAUGAAUCUUCAGCUCCGGAAAUCGUUUUUAUACCGGUGGAUUUAAGUGAUCUUAAAUCACAUCCUUAUUUAAUAGCAGAAGAAGUUAACGAAAUUAAAAAACAUACUUCAACAGUGUCUGAAAGUAGUACUAGUACAACGGCUGCUAUUACCAGCACUUCUACUAAUCCUUCGAUAACUACUACUCCUACGGUAACCACGCAAAUACCAAUGGGACCCGAAGAACCAGAAAUCGAAAUUACAGCUAAAGGUGAGCAGUCUCCAUCAAGUAACAAUAGGAAAUACAGCCAAAAUCCAGACGAUGAUGUCAAAAACAUAAUUUAUCACACGCCUAAUAAUGUUUUAAAUAAUUCAAAUAACGAUGUAACAACUGAAACAUCUACAAAUGUUGCUAUUAGUUCCGCUAAUAACUCUUCGCCAGAAAUAUUGUUCAUACCGGUCAAUCUAGAUGAGCUAAAAUCACAUCCAAACUUGAUAGCAAAUGAGAUGAAGAAUAUUAUCGAUAACAUUAAUAGGCAUCCGCCCAAAAUUGAUAUUACUACUACCACUAGUACAAUAACUAAUGAAGCAGCUACUGUUUUAACUACUAUUACCCCGUCUACUACUAGUACAACUACCACAACUACUACUGCGGUGAUCGAUAACAGCGUAUAUAAUCAAAACCCAAAUGCUGGGGUAACUACUGAACAAUCAGAAGCAACUCCCAAAGUCGAUAAACCCAUUACAUCUAGCUCGUCUCAUGAUAUGAUAUUUUUACCAGUUAAUUUAGCUGAUUUAAAGGCACACCCAAAUGCUAUAGAAGAUGAAAUCAAGGAUGUGUCAUCAACAAUUUCUUUAGAUGACAUAACGACUGAAAAUGCUCACAGCAAACAAAAUGUUACGGCCGAAAAACCCCCCGAUGUUGUCUUCAUUCCUGUAAAUUUGAAUGAUCUUGAAUCAAAUCCCGCAAUUGCAGAUGAAUGGCGAGCCUGA